AUUAUGGUAUGUCAUGUAACCUUUGCCCGGCAAGUGUCUUUAGUGUUUUCAGAAGGAGCUGAAGAGGAGGACAAAAACAGCAGUUUCAAGUCGGGUCCACCUGCGCUGUCAGAUAUUCUUUUUAAUACAGGUCCUCCCUCAGGGCGCAGAGAUGGGCCAGUGGAGCUGCAGCCUCUUUGUGGUGUUUGUUCUUUGUGGAGCUUUUAUCAGAGAAGCACAUCAGGCUGCUAUAUCUGAGUUUGGGGGACACAAAGGCAGUCAGAGACAUCUCCUGGUGGAAGAGGAUGAUAACACCAACCAUAACAGUACGAUUCAAAGAGCAGCCGAUCCAGACAAUGAGAGCCCAAAGUCACUGGACUGGUCUUAUAUGGUUGCAGGUCUGGGCACAGUCCUCACCAUCUCACUCCUCAUCGUGAUGACUGUCAAGUUCCGCCUCUUCCAUCGCUUCUUGGCCAGCUACAGACACUCCCUGCUCCAAGAGACGGAUGGGGUCAGCCAGUAUGGCCAUGACGGGGUGCCCUUCCCUCACAGUGUGUCGGGCAGGAUGGGAGUGGCUAGAGGGACUCAAAGAGGGCUGGAUGACGAUGACGAUGGCUUCAUUGAGGAUAACUAUAUCGAACCCAGUGAGAAGAACAGGGCAGAGAGAGAGGGAGAGGAGGAAGAGGAUGAGGAAGGGUUAGAAGACAGUGAUGAUGAUCUUCAGUUCACAAUAGGGUGAUCAAAUAAAGAGGGACUACAGCUAAAAUAAAAUUAUACCACAGAAAAGAUUCUGAUUCACAGUCAACUUGAAAACAGUGAUACCGAAAUGUUUUGGUUUGUGAGCUCUUAAAGAGACAGUUCACCCCAAAAUCAAAAAUACAUAUUUUCCCUCUUACCUGUAGAUCUAUUCAUCAAUUAAGAUUGUUUUGAUGUGAGUUGCAAAGUGUUGGCGAUAUCAGCCAUAGAGAUGUCUGCCUUCUCUCCACAUAAUGAAACUAAAUGGCACUCAGCUUGUGGUGCUCAAAGUGCCAAAAAUACAUUUGGAAAACUUUACAGACUCUCCAGAAAUCAUGACCUGGUUACUCAAGAUAAUCCACAGACCUUGUUGGGAGCAGUUUAUGUUGGAAAUAUUUUCUUUCUUCCAAAUUACACCCACUAACUGAAUCACUGUGUAAAAGGAAGUGUGCAUCUACUGCUAGCUCACCUACUGUAGCACCACUGAGCUAGCUAACGUUACAGCUUACCUAAGGAGGACACUAUUCAUUUUUACAUCUCGCACUGUGAUGAGCACAAGCCUCUCAUCCAUGAGUAGAUGCACGCUUCCUUCUGUAUGGUGGGUGUAGUUCGGUAGAAAGAAAAUAGUACUAACAUGAAACUUAUUACAACAGGGUAAGAAACAGAGUGCCAUCUAGUUCCAUUAUAUUGGAGAGAAGUCAGACAUCUUUACAGCUGAUAUCUCCAACACUCUGCAACUCACAGCAGAACAAUCUAGACUGAUAAAUAGCUCCACACGUAAGAGGAAACGUAGGGAUUUUUAUGUUGGUGUGAACUGUCCAUGUAAAUAAUGUCCCACUAGAAUAUGCAAAACUAUCAAUAUCACAAUAAAAGUCGAGUUUUUAAGUUUAAAAAAAGUUUAGAAAAAGAACAAAUUUGUUUUCAGAUUUUUUUUUCUUUUCUCCUGUUCAAAUUAAUAAUUUUUGUAAACUCUAGGAUUAUCCUGUGACUCAAAGGGGCCUCAACCCACAGUUUGGGAACUGUUAACAGUGAACAGUAGGUGUAUGAUGAAUGUGAAAGCUGAAUGAGUCAUAGUUGCUUCAAAACGCCCAAAGCUGCAGCAGUGAUGUGUCUUAAAAUCAUAAUAUGAUGAAAGUUAUAACAAAAAUGUAUAAAAAGAAGUAAAUAGAUUUUUUGAAAAAUGUUACUGCUUGUCUUUGAGUUCAUUUGAGUACAGUAUAGUAGUUGUAUCACAUGCUUCAUGUAGGCUGAAGCAGGAGAGCAGAUUCAGUGAAAAAAAAAAAAUAGAGAUUACCUGUACAAUAGAUCAGUGGUUCCCAACUGAUGGGUCGUGGUGCAAAAGUGGGUCACAGGUCCAUUGUGAAUGGACCGCAAGUGACUUAUGAAUAUGUCAAGCUCUGAAGUACAGUAAAUUUAAGGCACAGAACCUUUAUGUUGAGGUGCCAUUUUCUGCUGUAGAGUGACUGACAGACAGCUACAUAACAGAGACAGCAAACUAGCUUGGCGACAUGGCCAAAUGCAAGUAUAGCGCUGAAUGUAUCAAACUGUGUGGACCUUGAACUAAUGACCAUGGAGAAAUCUGGACCCCGUGGCUGGACAAGUAAGGAACUUUUGACCUAGAUUAUAACCACUAAAACCUUAAUAGGUCUAGAGAGGCAACAUUUGGACUGUACUGGGUCUUCACUAGACGUCACUUUGUCUACUUGGCCCUUGGUUGUAUUGGCUGUUUUCCUGAAGACGAUGCAUUAAAGGUCUAGUGUGUAGAAUUUUGUGGCAUCAGUCAGUGACAGCUGACCUUUGUGCCAAGUGUGUAAGUGCACUAUGGUGGCCAAGGCAAAAACAUUGUCCUAAUUACAGCCAGUGUUUGAUUUGUCCAUUCUGGGCUACUGUAGAACAACAUGGCAGACUGGAAGAGGAACCGCUCUGUAUGUAGAUAUUAACAGCUAAUUGUACAGUCAAGAAAACACAAUAGUUCUUAUCUUCAGGUGAUAAUAAACUAAUGAAAACAUAGUUAUGAGUAUUAUAUUCCAUUUCUGCCAAAGAUGCCCCUAAAUGCUACACACUGGAUCUUUAAGUGGAAAUGUUGCCUGCCAGAUUAUCUCCAUUCUGUCCUUUGAGUAUAAAUUGUUCCCUUUACAGCUGAAAUCUGUAAUUUUUUAAAAAUGAAUAUAUUGUGUGUAUAUCCGUGUGUAAAUUGUUGGAAGUUGCUGUUCACACUGGAGGUUGACUGAUAUUGGAUUUUUUAAUAUAAUAACAACAUAAUACAGAAAGUCUGGAACAGGAAAAAGCCAAUAACCAACUAAUUUGCCAACAUCAUUUGAACACUAAGUUCAUACCUUAACUCUGAUGACUGAUUUCUAAUCAGCGAAAACAUUUACCUCAGUAAAAAUGAAAAGACAGAGGAUGGAGAAACACUCUCUGUACAAUGGCAAAUGGGCUUUACUGGUCAUAACACAGAUUUUCUUGUCAUGUAACUGGUUGAAAACUAUGCAUUCAGUAUUGCUUGGCUCUUGACGUGUUAUGUUUUUCUCUAUAUUGCCCACAAUCAAAAAGGUUUGGCAACUAAUAGUGCUACAGCUGUCGGGGUCCAGACAAAAACUUCAUUCAAAUAUGAGUUAAAAUGAAGAACAGUACAUUUGGACACAGUCACACAGCAGAUGAGAGCUGCUUUCUGUGAAUCUGCAUCCAUUCAUCACAACCCUGUGAAUCCGAACUCAAUAGGUGGAAGCUGCACAGUCAUCGGCCACUAAUAACCCAAACCAUUAAAUGACAAAUUUAGGAAGCAUCUGUCAGGGAGGUAAAUUAUUGACGUUCAAGUCAAGUGGUUGGUUGGCGACAUUUUGUCUGCAAAUCAGCAGCAAAGAAUUGAAACAAAUUGAAACGUCAAACUCUUCAUCAUGUGUGGGAGGUAGGAGUCUGAGUGUAUUCAUGUGAGACAACAAAGAGUUUUUCAUUUGUUUGUACAGUCUGAAAUCAUUUUAUUGGAAAUGCACUUUA